GCUUGCUUUGUAAAACGUUAUUUUUAUUGCUGUGUUGUGUAGUGUGUUGCAUGCAUGAAACGUUUAUUUAUUUCGGCUCUUCACUAAGCCACACAUUAAUAGAGAUUUUUAAGACAUAUCAACAUGGCAAAUUUUCCAAUGCGACUGCCUUUUGAAAAUAAGCACAAUAAAAAGUAAGAUUGUAACCUUUAAGUUUACUUUAAGUGUAAGUGUAGUGUUUGGCUUGGUAAAUUUGGAGAGAUGUCGCCACAUGGCCGCCAUCUUGGUUGAUACGACCAGUUAAUUCUGUCACUAAACUUAACUAAAUGUAUCCCUAAACCUAACCUGAACACUAAAUUUAUUCCUGAACCCUAAAUGCAUCCCUGAACCUAACCUGAACCCUUAUUCAUUCACUCAAUCACUGCAGCAACUAAAACCAAAAUAAACAUGCAAAUGAGUAAUGACCUGAUGGUGAUGGCGACAUCUCUCCAAAUUAGCCUAUUAGUAUUAGUGAGGUAAUAGUGCGGAUUGCGCUGUACCUAACACCUAAAAAUUAAAUGUUUAACACUGUAGACCCAGGCAGUGUUUGCCAACAUCUUUUGUGCCAUGCCCCACCUAACUAAGCCAUUCUAAUAUCGAAGUGGCUAUGUGGACCCAGGUCCCUUUAGCCAAAAUCGCCAUCCGGACCCGGCUGGUCAUUUGAGGUGUAUCUAUUCUGGGUAAUCUACCACUUGAGCGUCUGCCUAGAAAAAAUCCAGUUGUUCCGAUUGGAAGGGCUAUUUAAACAAGGCAGUGUCUACACGUCCGCGCCGGACGUCUAUCUCCCGCACUAUGUGUCCGGCGACCAAGUCACAUGACCGCCGUAACAAAGUGGCGAGAGAUAUCUUGUCGGUCAGCCUUGUCACGUGACUGCGAAUAAUUCAAAACUAUUGAAUUGUUAAUUUUAAAAUCUAUUUCUCUACCAAGUAAUGUACUGAGUAUCUUGAAUGCAAAUAAUAGAAAACAUUUUUGUUUAGUUUGUUAUUUGAGUUUGUGUACCAGUAAUCCAUAAAAUAAAUUAGGGGCCAGUGUGGAGUAGGCGUAGGCAACCAAUAAAAGUUAAAGUAAAAGAUUUCAUUUUAAAUUAAUGCAAUUGCUACAAAAUAUUUAAAAACUUCUCAUGAAACUACUGUUGCUGAGGAACAUGAUAAUAUAAAUAUAUACAAAAUAUUUUAAUUAAAAUGGGAAGAAAAAAAACGACCCUUUCCCCGGUAUAGAUCCUCAAACCUUCCUAUCAUCAAGCAACCACUCUACCACAAGACCAGACAAGAUGUAAUAAACCGUACUUCGUUUGGAAUUAUAAAAACUACUAGCCGUCCGGCCAUGUCCGGCGGUCACGUGACAAGCCGCCGGACGUAUAUCUUGCGCGCGCCGGACGUGUAGACACUUCGUUUAAACAACUAUUCUUACAUUGGAGUCUGUUAAUAUUUUGGGAAGCGUUAUACGCCAUACGCAUUCGGCUGCGCAUAACUCUCAGGGUUAUACGCAGUCGGCUAGGAAUUUAGCCAAAUAAGGUUUAUCAAUCGCUUGUUUGGCAAUUUAAAAAAAAGUAUUAUGCGUAAUUAGCUGCAUUAUGGGUUGUUUUGAGCUAUAACUUUAAGUCACACAACCGACUGAUCCAAGUAUGGAGCUCCAACUAAAGCUCAAACAAAUGGAGCUUGAAGCUCAGAGAGAGAAAGAAGAAAAAGAUAGAGAGCUAAAAAUAAAAUUAAAACAAAUGGAAAUAACGGCCAAUUUAGGAGCAAUGGAAAAUAGACUCACGGCUCCAGCCGGUCAGGGUUGCGAUGCAAUUAAAUUUGCAAAAGUAAUCCCUAAAUUUUCAGAAAAAGAGGUUGACCAAUAUUUUGCGCAGUUUGAGAUAACUGCCCAAAAUUUUAAAAUUCCUGAAACUAUGUGGUCCACCUUACUUCAACCAGCCUUGACCGGAAGGGCAUCCGAAGUCUUUGUGUCCCUGAAUGCGGAACAGCGCGGGGACUAUAACCUAGUAAAAUCAUUAAUACUUAAGGCUUAUGAAUGUGUCCCCGAAGCAUACCGUAAAAAGUUUAGGGAACUGUGGAAACGUGAUGGCCAGACUCAUGUCGAGUUCCUCCGGGAAAAGGAACGGCUCCUGGACAAGUGGCUGCACGCAACCAACACUGAGACAGACUUCAAGAAAUUCAAGAACCUCAUUCUGAUGGAGGAAUUCAAGAACUGUGUUCGUACUGAGGUGCGAAUACAUAUUGCAGACUGUGGCGAAGGUGACGCACAUACGGCAGCAGUGUUAGCCGACGACUUCACCAUCACUCGUCGACUUUCCAAGAAUCCAUUUGACACAAGAAAAGACAGGCACAAUAGGACAACAACAUCAACUUACAGUAAACCUCCACAAAAACUAUUCAAGCCCGGUACGAAAGAAAUUGGUGCAAAAGACACAUGUGCCUACUGUAAAAAAGGACAUACGAGGGGUGAUUGCUGGAAACUCAAGAAGAAAACUGAGAAGACCACACAUCCUGGUACACAACACAAAGUCUCCGCUUGUACGUCUCGUCAUACAUCUGGAAACACAUUUUCAAAAUUCAAGAGUUUUUGCUCUCCAGAUGUCCAUACAAACUUUAAAGAGGUUUGUCACGACUCAUCAAAGAGUUCCAUUAUGAACAAUAAGGCUAGUUUUACUGACUCCAGCCAAGUUCCUGCUUCGACUGCGAGUUUUAUGAGCUUGUCGCCAAGAUCCUUUUGCUCCAAGAAGAGGUCUACCUCCAGAGGGCGUUUUACUGAGGACUUGUGUGCAAGUUUUGACGACUCUACACAGAGUUUUACUUCCUCUACCCUAGCCGAAUGUUCUCAAGACUCCAACAAGAGUUUACCUACCAAGGUCCAAAAUUCUACAUCAGAAAAUACUGAUGUCAUACAAGACUUCAUGCCUUUCAUAUCGGAAGGAUUCGUAUCACUGCCAGGUGAUUUUUCCAGUCUACAACCAAUCAAAAUCUUACGAGAUACAGGUGCUUCACAGUCCUUGCUACUUGAGGGUAUACUUCCCUUGUCUGAAUCUACUGCUACUGGGAGCAACAUCCUGUUACGAGGUGUAGAGCUGGGAUGCAUAGAUGUACCUUAACAUCUCAUCAACCUAAAAUCUGACUUAGUCUCCGGACCUGUGGUUGUGGGUGUCCGACCAACAUUACCAUUGGACGGCAUCUCGUUUCUGCUAGGCAAUGACUUAGCUGGUGGGAAGGUGAUAGCUGAGCCCAUCGUUACUCAUGAACCUUGUUUAAAUGAAAAUCAAGAAGAAGAUCAAGAAUUGUAUCCAGCAUGUGCCGUGACAAGGGCCAUGAGUUCCAAGAUCUCCACAAAAGAGAUUUCACAGGAAAGCAAUAACAUUCUUCCUGAAAUUGACCUGGGAAAAACAUUUUUUGCAAGUCUAAAUGAAGAGGCUAGUAAUUACAAGACUCCAACUCGAAUGCAACUUAUUGAAGAACAGAAGAGUGACCCAGAAAUAGUCAAACUUCGAGAGAACGCUUUGACCCAAGAAGAAGCUGAACAAUUCCCGAUAUGUUAUUACCUUCAAGAUGACAUACUUUUGAGAAAAUGGCGACCUCCAGACGCAAAUGCUGAUGAAGAAUGGAGGAUAGUUCAUCAAAUAGUAGUUCCUACCCCAUUCCGGAACGAAGUCCUGAACUUAGCCCAUGACUCACCACUUUCAGGUCAUUUGGGAGUAAAGAAGACAUAUCACAAAAUCACGUCGCACUUCUUUUGGCCCAAAAUCAAGAAAGAUGUGGUUGAAUACUGCAGAUCAUGUCAUACUUGUCAGGUGGUAGGGAAACCAAAUCAGAAGAUACCAGCAGCUCCUCUUCAACCCAUUCCAGCAUUCGAAGAACCUUUCAGUCGCGUCAUUAUAGACUGCGUUGGACCUCUGCCAAAGACAAAAUCAGGUCACCAAUACUUGCUGACAAUCAUGUGUGCGUCAACAAGAUUCCCAGAAGCUAUUCCUCUUCGCAAUAUCAAGACUCCGAACAUCGUCAAAGCCUUGACGAAGUUUUUUACAUUGUUUGGUCUUCCGAAGUCUGUACAGUCUGACCAAGGAACCAACUUCAAGGCUGGAAUAUUCAAACAAGUGAUGAACCAGUUGGGCAUAGAACACUGCUUGUCGAGUGCAUAUCAUCCUGAGUCACAGGGAGCACUUGAGCGAUUCCAUCAGACGUUGAAGAACAUGAUGAGAACCUACUGCCUAGAACAAGAGAAAGACUGGGAUGAAGGCAUCAACAUGCUACUGUUCGCCGCAAGAGAAGCAGUUCAAGAAUCACUUGGAUUCAGCCCCUUCGAACUGGUGUUUGGCCACACGGUUCGCGGUCCCCUUAAACUUUUAAAAGACACGUGGAUGUCAUCGGCACCCACGGAAGGACUUCUUGACUAUGUCCAAAAAUUUAAAACUAAACUUUUUAAUGCCGUUAAUUUGGCUAAAACACAUUUAAAAGAUUCACAAUCUAAAAUGAAAGUUUGGUAUGACAAAAAGUCAAAAUUCAGACAGUUUGCUUCAGGGGACAAAGUGCUUGUGCUUUUGCCGAUACCAGGGCAAGCACUACAAGCUAGAUAUUUUGGUCCUUAUGUUGUUGAGUCCAAAAUCAAUGAUUUAAAUUACAUUGUGUUAACACCAGAUCGUAAAAGAAAGAAACAGUUAUGUCACAUUAACAUGUUAAAAGAAUAUUUUGAUAGAAAAUGUGAUGAUCAUUGUCCAUCCUCAGAAACAAAUGUUAACACAAUCUCAACUGUAACUUCAGUACUUAAAGAAAAUGUUACUGAAACCUUUGAUAGUGUCCCAGAAAAAGUUGGUAAUUAUAAACUUAAAAAUUCAGAAAUAUUAGCCAACUUAGAUAAGAAACUAGGACAUUUGUCAUUGUCAGAGAAGGAUGUUGUUAAGUCUGUUAUUGCAGAUUUUGUUUUACUCUUCCCUGAUGUACCUAAUAAAACCAACAUUGCUGUACAUGAUGUUGACAUUGGCAAUGCAGUUCCGGUCAAGCAACACCCCUAUAGGGUCAAUCCGGAAAAACUUGAAAUAAUCCGGUCUGAAAUAAAAUACAUGCUUGAAAAUGAUAUAAUUGAACCAAGCUCUAGUAACUGGAGUUCACCAUGUAUUUUAGUCCCAAAGCCUGACAAAAGUUACAGGUUUUGUACUGACUUCAGGAAAGUGAAUGCAUUCACAAAGACUGAUUCCUUUCCGAUUCCAAGGAUAGACGAUCUUAUAGAUCGAAUAGGUGAUGCCAAAUAUGUAACCAAGAUAGACUUACUAUCAGGUUAUUGGCAGGUUCCUCUAUCUGACAGAGCAAAAGAAAUCUCUGCUUUUUGUACUCCAGAUGGUUUAUAUCAAUAUAAAGUAAUGCCGUUUGGAAUGAAAAAUGCCCCAGCUACAUUCCAACGUCUUGUAAAUAACAUUAUUGCUGACCAGGAAAAUUGCAGCGCCUAUAUUGAUGAUGUAAUUAUUUACAGUCAAGAUUUUUCAACUCAUGUAAACCAAUUAAGAUCUCUGUUUAAAAAAUUUUUGCAGGCAAAUGUAACUGUAAAUUUAAAUAAAUGUGAAUUUUGUCAUGCAACUGUGGAAUAUUUAGGUCACAUAGUGGGUCAAGGUCAUGUAAAGCCUGUUCAAGCUAAGAUAAAUGCUAUUGUAUCACUUCCACCACCCACUACUAGAAAACAGUUAAUGAGAUUUUUGGGAAUGGCAGGUUAUUAUAGAAAAUUUUGCAAAAAUUUCUCAGUUAUUGCUUCUCCUUUAAGUAAUAUGUUAAAGAAAAAUGCAAAAUUUCAUUGGUCAGAUGCUUGUCAGGAAGCAUUCGAAAACAUUAAAAAUAUACUUGCUAAUGCUCCUGUUCUCAUUGCACCAGACUUUAACAAACAGUUUAAAUUAGCUGUAGAUGCCAGUGAUGUUGGCAUUGGUGCAGUUCUUUUUCAAGAAGAUGACCACAAUGUAGAUCAUCCUGUCUCUUAUUUCUCAAACAAAUUUAACUCACAUCAGAAAAACUAUUCCACUGUAGAAAAUGAGUGUUUAGGUUUAAUUCUUGCUCUCCAACAAUUUGAUUUUUAUGUCAGUUGUUCUUUACAUUCAGUACUUGUUUUUACUGAUCACAAUCCUUUAACAUUUUUGAAUAAGAUGGUCUCCAAAAAUCAAAGAUUGUUAAGAUGGAGCCUAUUUUUACAAGAAUAUAAUUUGAACAUCAAACAUAUUAAAGGAAAAGAUAAUGUCAUUGCAGAUACUUUGUCCAGAAAUUAAUUUUCACUUAUGUUAUUGUUUAUAAGCUGUUAAGAAGCUUUUUGUCUAAUAUUUUGAGAGUAAGAAAUGUACUUUCUUCAAUUUUAAUGGAAAAAGAAUUCCAUUUUUGAACAAUGAAAUUUUUUUUCUUUUAAGAGGGGAGGUGUUAUAGAGAGCUUGUUUACAUAAUAUUUCUGGUGCGUGCCCUCUGAUUGACCCCGCAUGAGACGCUGUGUUCACAAAGGGGUGUGGCUUAGGUCUUUGAUGUAUUUCUUGUUUACGCCGCCAACGAAUAAAAAUAAUUAAUCUGUUCCAAACUAGUAUUUUGUAGAAUGAUUUUGAUUUUUCUAGAAAUUUCUCGAAGGCAGGGCUUGGGCGUCGGUAGACCCACCUAUAUAAGGGAUUGACAGGCACGGACGAGGACGGAGAUUUUCUUAUAGAUUCUCUUAACAUUACGAGGCGUGUUUUAUUCUUUGUGUAUUUGUGUGCUCCUACUUAUAUGUGUUUAUUUCGCAUUAUUUAUUGGCAUCAUUAUUUCUAAUUGUAUUAACUGUGUACCGGUACGACAUCUGCCAUACUGUAAGUUGAAGAUUGUAAUUUUAUUUUAUUUUAUUUUGUAAUUAUCUUAAGACAUAAUAAAUCUUAAUUAAUUGUGACUAGAAACUGUUUUGGGUCGUAUCCUUAAUACUUAAUAUUGUUGAUUAUAUGGUAUCGUCCUUUGUUAGGCACUGUUUACAACGAGCCAAUUAAAAUUAAAAUAGGAGAUUAAUUUCUCCCAAUACAAGUCAGUGCGUAACAAAGGGAAAAAUACCAAACAGUUUCUGUCAAUUGAUAACAUUUUAUGCAGUUUUUCACAGACACUAAAAUGCAUUAGAAAUUUAUUCCAUUUGAGUGAAAACAAAAAUCUUAAAAAUUUCAAAUUUUUUGUCCAGUGACUAGGAACAUUGCAGAAGGUUGUGAUGAUAAAGUGCUGGGCACAGUAUAGGAAAUAAAAAAAAAGAAAGCACUCGGAUCUGAUAAAUGAUUUCCUGUGCCUCUUUCCAAAAAUUAAAUAUUUUUAUAAAUAUGUUAAGGAACUUUGAAAACUAAACAAGUGGCCUAUAUUAUACUAAUAAAUAUUGAAGGCUUGAAUUUAUCAGAGGUAAUUUUUAUAAUACAUUAUAUUGAUUAUAUCAUAUUUUACAAAUACUAGUUCCUCUACCAUAUUUUCAUUCUUAAGCUUUUUGUUACAAAGUUAUUGUUCCUUAAACUCUGGUAUUUUCCCCAUCAGAGGUGUGUCUCUUGUUGUAAUUUAUCAGGUUUAGGAGUGGGUGAUUGAGUAUUGAUUUUCUGAUUGGGGCUGAUCAUUGAAUUGUCUUGAGUGGAUGAGGCAGGCUGGUUAGCCUCAGUGAGUCUGAUUGGCCAGGCGAGCUAGUCUCGAUAUAAUAUUAUGGUCUGGUGACUGCCAUCUAGUUUCACAUGAUCUUUGCUCUCACAUUCACUGGUGAUUUUCUAUUUGAGGUCAGACAUAUUAUUAUGUAUGAUAUAUGAUCUUUCCUUCUAUAUUUACUAAUGCUUCCGUGGUGAAUUUAUGAUCUAUUUGUUGCUACAUUUAAUAGUAUUUAUAAUGUUUAAAGUCAUGUAAGUCAUAUAGGAACGAAUGAUGAGAUGCAUUUAACAAAAAUUCAAAUAUCAGUAAGACUUGGAACUGAUAUUUAUCAGAAGCAAAAUAAUUAAUUAAGAUUAUAGCUUUAUUAUGAAAGACUUAAACUUAAAAGUUUUGUGUAUUAAUAGCAUUUUUAGAUCCUUUUAUUUACUCUUGAAGUGCCAAAAAAAAAGUACAAUAAAUAACUAUUUUAGUCUUAAGAGUACAUGAUUAAUCACCUUUGUGCUCAUCUAAUGUUUAAAAGUUGUACUCUUGUCUGAAAUUCAAUGCAAUCCUUUAUUCUCCACCACAGCCUUGUGAAACAAGAAAGUUACCAGUGCCAAAAGUGUCUCCAGAAAGGACAUUUCACCUAUCAGUGUACGGGCAAGAGGAAAUAUGUGGAGCGGGACUCAAGGACAAGGCUUCUAAACAAACGCAUUAAGAUGGAGGAUGAGAAGGCAAAGUUGGAAAUGUUGUAAGCUGUGUUAGAGUGAACAUAAGUUUAGGAUUUUCAAUUUCCUUGUCUAUACUGUGUGGUUCCAUAAUAAAGACAAUCUAAUGCAUUGUAUUGAAUUUAUGAAAAAAUUGAGAUUGAUUAUUUCAUUUUUUGGGGUAAGUGAGAUUUUUUAGAAAAUUUCAAUCCAUUUCUUGGGACAAAAAAAUAAAUGAUCUAGCAUUCUCAUGAGAAUCAGUACUCUAAUAAUAAUAUUACAUUGUCGUCUGCUGCUUGUAUAAAUUGGGAUCAUUUUAAUGCACAGAAAGGUCUUGUUUGUUGACAAGUAGUCUUAUUUGUUCAAAACAGUGAAGGUUUGGCGUGGUAAAUGACAUCCCUGUUAUUAUUCAAUAUUAUCAGAUGUCUGUCCAGACAAAAGAAAGUGAAGUCAUAAAGUCAUUUAAAGUGUACAGUUUUUUUGAAGGUGCAAUGGCCAGCAUAUUUUCUUGCACUAAUAAAAAGCUAAAUCUUUUUAAAUCAAAAGAUAUCCAUGUAAAAAGAAUCUAAGACAGUUUCAAGUUGACCAGGUUAUUAAUUUGUUUUAAUCCUAUUUCUUAAUGUAUGUACUUAUUUCCUACCUUAAACGCAUCAAAUCAGAUAAAACUCCAUUGUGCAGACAUGAGACAAUAAAUCUCCUUUUACACCUCCCUGCACAUCAGGAUUUACACCUAAACCAUCUACCAAAAAUACCAGACCACACCAACACCCUCUACAUGACAAGUUGCAGAGAGUGUGCUACUUCUUCACAUGCCCAAAUGGUGCUGGAUGUGAAUGAUGAUUAUAUUGAUGAUGUAUUUAUGUAUAUUUAGAUUGUAUCAGAUAUAUGAUUUUUCAAUUAUUUUUUUCCAGAGCUAAGUCCACAACAGUUACACAGAAAAAGCAUACAAAAGAUAAAAAGAAGCGGAAGAAAAGGUUAGCCAUGUUAUUUGUGAAUUAUUGUAUAUUUGACCUCAAUCAGAUCAUCUUGUAACGCAGGCGGAGUUUCAAAAACAAUUUUUGGUGCAAAUAUUUCAUUUUACUUUUUUUAUUUUCAUCUUCUUGCUGUUUCCUUGUAUGAUAUCUUCAAUUAAGUCUGAUAACAUCACUUGCUCUAAAUAAUUUGUAAAAGGAAGGACUUUUUCUUAUGUCAAAUAUAGUUUAUUGCUUAUUUUAUCAAGUUCUGCAGAAUUUUUUUUUUUUCCAAAGCUAACCUCUAGCAUUUUUCAUCUAAUCCUCAGCUCGGAUGGAGAUUCAAGUUCAACUUCUAGUAGUUCAGAUUCUAGUGAGGACAGCUCAAGUGACAGCUCAGAUGACUCCAGCUCAGAUUCAGAUGAUUCUUCAUCAUCAUCAGAAUCAUCCUCAUCAUCUGCUACUUCUUCAUCAGACUCCUCAUCAGACUCUGAACCAGGUGAGGGAGAAGUCAAUGAAAAAAAGAUCACUUCUGGUAGGAAAAAGAAAAAAUGAUAAAAAUGGUUUUGGAGGUAUUGGCUCUUGGAGAGAAAUUUAUAAUUCUAUGAAAUAACAGGAAUUCUUGAAAUCAGAUUAGUAAAAUGUUAUCAUUAAAUUUGGUGAAUUAUUAAAUUUCACAAAGGAAACAAAGUAUGAGAUCAUAAUCCAUGUGGGUUCUGCUUUGGCUAUUGUUUGAAAAAUGUUGGAAAGUUGUGGUUGGACAUAAUAGUGAUUUCAAUGUGAAAGUACAAGGUAUCUUGAAUUAUAGAGACAUAAUGUAGUUGGACUAGAUGCUAGAUAAAUUGAAAGAGUACUUAUAAUGUAGUGAAAGAAUUAGUUCCAAGCAAAUUUUUAAAUAUUUUUAAGUCUAAUUGUUUUAUUUAAAUUUAAUUAAAAGCUGUAGAGUAGGUUUUUAAAUAUUUAAGCUAUGUCAAAGAAUUGGUAAUUUAUGUUUGCAUAUUUUAAAUUAUUAAAAAAAACUAUUUUCUUAUAAUUUGAAAUUCUUUGCACCGAUAAAUUUCAAAUUUAUAAUAUUUUUGAAAUUAACAGCAAUUUUUUUAAAGGAAAUAGUUUAAUUCUAAAAUACUGAUUGUUUAAUACAAAAGAUAAAAAAAUACUGAGUUAUAAUAUUUCAUUUAAAAUUUGACUUUUUAAUUCAUUUUUUUAUAUUUUUUAAGCCUAAGCCAUUUUUGUUAUUAAAAAAUUCCAGACUUGCAGUGCUUUAGGUUAUCUGCCAGAUGGACCAUAUUUUUUAAAACAAAGUCUUCUAAUGCCAAUGCCAAAAAUGUAAAAUUUGAUUGUUGCAAUCUUGACUGCUGUUGUGGAUGUGUUUAUGAUUAUGUCACUUAUGUUUUACAAGAUGACUUGUUAAAUGUCACAUGUGUAACGUAAUGCACAUCUCAGAUGUCUAUUUUAAAUUCAGACAGUUUAAGAGACUUAUCAUUCAUUAACUCAUUCCUAAUGGCAGUGGAACUUCCAUUCUUAAUUUAUAUUCCUGAGAAAGGGAAGUAACUCCAUGUUGCAAUUGAUGUACAUAAUUUGUAGAAUGGCAAACAAAUAACGAGCAAUGACCAAAAAAUCAAUUUUGGGUCCUUAUAUAAACAUGGUAGACACAGAUGUACUUGACUACAUAGAUGUACUUGACUACAUAGAUGUACUUGACUACAAAGAUGUACUUGACUACAUAGAUGUACUUGACUACACAGAUGUACUUGACAACACAGAUGUACUUGACUACACAGAUGUACUUGACUACAUAGAUGUACUUGACAACUACAUAGAUGGAAAGUAAAACAAGACAAAAAGCUUCCUGUUUUUAAAUUGACUUAUACAGAAUCACACCGUCUCGGGAAGUCUUGAGGGAUGUGAGAUUUCAUUGCUAUUUUUAAUGAUAGAGGUGUGUCACUAUAUGCCGGGAUGCCUUUGGAUGCAUCUGUUGGAACCCAACUGACGCAAUUAGCUGCAACCAUCUGCAAUGAAUUUGUUUCAUCCAGGUCUGUUAAAUUCUUCAAUUCAUAAAUUAAUUUUAUUGAUCUUUUUU